AUGACUAUAUCGGAGAGACAGAACGCGGCAACGUUCAUUGAACACACGACAGUGAAGCCGUUCUUUUACCAGCAAGCGAAUUUCAAGUGCUUCUACUGCAACGAGGUCUUCCCGGAAAUACACGCGGUGCUACAGCACACGGCCUUCCAUCCAACGCCGGACAGGACGAGCUUACUAAAACAAUACCUGCGCAAAGGGAAAAGAGUCAUCAAAGUCGAUAUAUCGUCGUUGAAAUGCAAAAUCUGCGACCAAAAGUACUCCGAUUUGGAUGAUAUCAGGAGGCACUUGACGGUCGCCCACAAGAAAGAGUUCAAUUCGGCCGGUAAUGGUCUAACGGCGUAUGAUUUAAGCACAAACAACAGGAUGCUGUCAUGCCACAAGUGCUUGAAGACUUUCAACUCGUUUUUCCUCCUGAACAGGCAUAUGAACGCUCAUUACAACGUGGUCUGCGAGACCUGCGGCCUGGGCUUCAUGUCGCACCAGAGGCUGAUCAAUCACAGGAUCGUCCACGAAGACGGCGUCCACAGAUGCGACAAGUGCCACGAAGCGUUCCCGACCAAACUGAAAUUGCGCUACCACAUCUUCAAGAGGCACGAAGCGGCGAACGCAAAGAAAAGGAAACCUUUAAAAUGUCCCCAUUGCUUGGAGAGAUUCUCGGAGCAUUACCGCAAAAUGACCCACCUGAAGGAGGCUCACGGGAUAACGUUCACGUUCGAGUGUCAAAGCUGCAAAUCUGUUUUCCCCACGCGCCGAGCCCUAACGGAGCAUACGACGAAACUGCACACCCAAAAGAUACAGUGUAAGGUCUGUGGUAAGUGCUUCGGGACGCAGUCACUGUUAAAGAUGCACGCCAGAGGGCACAGCGGUGAAAGGAAUUUCCUCUGCGACGUCUGCCAGAAGGCGUACAUGCAUGAGAGGACUUUGCGUCAACACAUGCGAGUCCACGGCACAGCUUGGAGGUUCGUGUGCCCGGAAUGCGCUAGCGGCUUCCACAAUAGGAACGAUUUUAACAAGCACAUGAGGCAGUGGCAUCCACAGUGGCAGCUGAGGACCGCAGUGAAGAAAUUCGGAAACGAAAUCGAUCAUUGA